AACUUCAGGAGAAUAGUUGCCAUGGCGACGUAAACCGAAGGCCUUAGCGCAUAGUUAGAAACCGCCGCACCCAAGCUUCGGAGCGAGCCCAGGAGUGCCGGCCGGUUGGAAUCUCCUUUAGCCGAGGUCAAGUUUUGCAGCAAGCCCUUCCUCGUUCGUCUGCUGGGAUGUCCAAGGUCCUGCCUACUAUAGUCUCCAAGGACAUGACUUACAACAACAAGAACAGCCCAGAAUCCACAGACAAGAGUUCUUCCUCUGUCACUGAAGAAAAAAAGAAACAUGGAAAAAAAGGCAAAGUGUCUGUGACCGUUCCUGAUCGUUCAGCUAAUCCUUUCCACAUGUCGGGGGAUGUGGACUUCUUCUUGCUGAGAGAUCAGGAGCGGAGUAAGUCUCUCUCAGAGCGGGAGCAGAAGAAGACGCUGCGGGUGCACGAGAAGAUGACCUACUCGUCCAAAGUGUCUGCUAAGCACACCAGCCUGCGGCGAAAGCUGCAGCUGGAAGACAAGAUGGAGGACCAGGAGGCGCUCGCAGAGGCUGAGCAGCUGCAGGCCUUCCACAACAACAUGGCCUGGAUGCUCUCCAUGACCAAAGAAAAGAACGGGGAAUCUGAUAACAUAAACAAGUACAUCAACCAGAAGCGGCAAAUGUUCCUUAUCCAGUACGCCCUGGAUAUGAAGCGGAGCGAGAUCCGGCGGCUGGAGCUGCUGGUGACUGAGGAGGAGGCGGAGCUGGAGCGAGCUGAGAGGUCUCUGGAAAAGGACUCCGCCCUGUUCGAUGAGUUCCUCAGGGAGAAUGACCGCAACUCUGUGCAGGCCCUGACAGCGGCAGAGAAGGAGACCAAAGCGAAGGUAGAGAAGAUCACUGAGAUUCGUGACCUGACCACCCAGAUCAUGAACAUCAAAAGUGAAAUCUCCAAAUUUGAAGACAUACUGCAGCAUUAUAAAGUCUACAAGGAUUUCCUAUACAAGCUGUCACCCAAGGAAUGGUUGGAAGAACAAGAGAAGAAGAACUUGGCUCUCAAAAAGGCCAAGAAAGUCACCAAGGUCCCCAAAGAGAAUACUCUGUUCUCCACAAAUGGGGACAAAGGACCAGGGAUCAAAGGCAAGACAGGAUCCAGAGAGGGUCCGGGCCCAAGGAAACCCUGGAAAGUGCUGCGGGUGAUACAGGCGGCGCAGAUCCUGUCGAGCACCAUCAGACUCCGAAAGGGCAGUCAGCACAGUACGAGUGGCGGGCUGGACCCCAAAGAGUUGAGUUCUGCCAUCCCUGCCAUCCCUGCGCAGGAGGACUCAGACAGUGACGGGGAGAAGCUGGAGCUGUACUUCACGGAGCCCCAGCAGCUCCUGGACGUCUUCACAGAGCUGGAGGAGCAGAACCUCUCGCUGAUCCAGAACACUCAGGAAAUGGAGGAGGCCUUGGAGGAGCUGAGCUUCACCCUGAAAAACACCCAGCUCCGCAUGGACAGGGAGGUCAACCACCUAAAGCAGUGCAUCACCACACUGAUGAUGUCCAUCGUCAAGGAGGAGGAGACGGCCGCUGAGCUGGAGCUCAAAGCCCGGGUCUUCCAUUUCGGCGAGUACAAGGGUGCUCAGGAGGACAAGGUGCUGGAGAGCCUGAACCACAAGGUGCUGGACGUGUACCAGAACUGUGUCGGCAGCCAGCAGGAGUCCAACCUCGGCACUGUGCAGAUGCUGACCAUCAUUGAGCAACAGCUGGACGAGCUGCUCGAGAACCUGGAGCGUGUGCCCCAGGUCAAAAUUGAGCAGGCAGAGAAGGCCAAGGAGAAGGAGCGGCGCCAGAGAAUCCGGGAAGAGAAGGCCAAGAUGCAGAAGCAGCUGCAGGAGGAGCGUCUGCAACGGGCCCGAGCCCGGGCCCAGGCAGAGGUCAAAACGAAGAGAGGCAGAAGGCUGGUGUGCCGCUCCCGGCCCCCAGCCCUAAAGAGCAAGGAGGAGCCUGAGCACAAGUCACUGGACAAGGACAAGGAGGAGCAGCUGUUCUUCUUCACCUAACUGCAGCCACCGGCCUGGCUGACGGCACGGGAGAGAGGGCAGCAGGAAGCACACGAGGCUGCGCCAGGGCCCGGAUGCAGCCAUCGCUGUGUCCCUCACAAUCUCAUGCUGUACAUUUUCUUACUCAUGUGAAAUAAACCCCAUGACUCUUUGGUGUCUCAGGCCUGUUUAAGGAGGCAGACUCUGUUACCAAAUGCCAGCACCCCUCCUGAA